AUGGAGAGGCUCAGCGAGUCCGCAGCAUCGGAGAGAACCGGCGAGCCGCAGCCCCGCCGGAUCACGCCCUGCCUUGACCUGUGGCUAGGGGCGGGUGCCAGCGCCUCGCUGAGCGUUAGAGCAUUUGAUGCGAGCAGGAGGAGGACGCGGGCCACGCCCCACGUGGGCUCGCAUUCCCCGCACGUUUCGCUGUUGGAUCAACUCCUUCCGGAGCUUAAUGUACUGCUCAAGUUGUUGGACCAUGAAUACCUGAGCUCUACCACAAUGGAGAAGAAAACAACAGUCUCAAACAUCUUGCAAAAACUUCAGCCCCCUGCAGGGAAGGAGGUAAAUUACAUGUAUGUGAAUACAGCGACGUUACACAACGGCACUAGCUUUGUGGAAUCCCUUUUUGAAGAAUUUGACUGUGACCUGUGCGGCCUUCAGGAUAUGCAAGAAGAUGAUGGGGAUGCUAAAGAAGGCAACAACUUGAAGCUUUCCAGGAGUCAGUCAGCUAAAAAUGUUUCUGGAGAGCCACCUCCGCCGUUGCCCACCACUCCUCCUCCUGAAGAUUACUAUGAGGAAGCACUGCCACUGGGCCCAGGCAAAGCCCCUGAGUAUAUCACCUCCCACAAUAGCUCCAGUCCCCCCAACUCAAUAGAGGAUGGAUAUUACGAAGAUGCAGAUAGCAACUACCCUGUCACCCGGAUGAAUGGAGAACAGAAGAACUCUUACAAUGACUCUGAUGCCAUGAGCAGCUCCUAUGAGUCUUACGACGAAGAGGAGGAGGAUGGGAAAGGCCAAAGGCUAACACACCAGUGGCCGUCAGAGGAAGCUUCCAUGAACCUGGUGAAGGACUGCAGGAUCUGCGCUUUCCUGUUGCGCAAGAAGCGCUUUGGGCAGUGGGCCAAGCAGCUGACUGUCAUCAAGGACAACAGACUCCUGUGCUACAAAAGCUCGAAGCACAGACAGCCGCACCUCGAGGUGCCCCUCGGUGUCUGCAGCGUCGUCUACGUGCCAAAGGACGGGCGCCGCAAGAAGCACGAGCUGCGUUUCUCUCUGCCGGGAGCCGAGGCUCUGGUGUUGGCCGUGCAGAGCAAAGAGCAGGCGGAAGAAUGGCUGAAGGUGAUCAAAGAAGUCAGUCAUUCUAAUGGAGGUGGACUGAAUGGAACAGAAACUCCGACAUCUCCGAUACUCACAUGCAAGGUGGACCAUGACAAGAGGUCAUCUCAGGACAAGCAAACAUCUGACUCUGACAGUGUGGCAACCACAGAGAACAGCUCUUCCGUGGCUCGGAGAGAAGCCCACGAGCAAGGGAAAGGCAAGAAGAGUGGUUUAGCUGAAUUAAAGGGCUCUGUGAGCCGAGCAGCUGGGAGAAAAAUCACCCGGAUAAUUAGCUUUUCCAAGAAGAAGCCGUCCCCAGAGGAUACCCAAACAUCCUCGACUGAGGAGGAUAUCCCAUGCUGUGGCUACUUGAAUGUUCUGGUUAACCAGUGCUGGAAGGAGCGUUGGUGCCGUUUAAAAGGCAACAUGCUUUAUUUCCACAAGGACCGCACCGACUUAAGAACACACGUGAAUGCCAUUGUCCUGCGGGGUUGCGAGGUGGCACCGGGGCUGGGCCCCAAGCACCCCUUUGCUUUCCGCAUCCUUCGCGGGGGACAAGAAGUUUCUGCCCUGGAGGCGAGCAGCUAUGAAGAUCUGGGGCGCUGGCUUGGGCUGCUCCUUGUUGAAACUGGUUCCCAGACGACCCCCGAGGCCUUGCAUUAUGACUAUGUGGACGUGGAGAAAAUAGCCAACAUAAUCAAUGCAGUGAGACACUCCUACCUGUGGGCCAGUUCCUCCCUUGAGACUCAAACAGAUGCUUCCCGAGUGUUAUAUGAUGAAGUCCCGUAUGAGAAGGUGGAGCUGGAAAAGUCAGGGCGGACAUCGGGAGCCCAGGUGAAGCGCCAUGGUUCCUCCUGCAGCGAGAAAUCGCGCCGUGUGGACCCGCAAGUCAAAGUCAAGCGCCACGCAUCAAAUGCCAAUCAGUACAAGUAUGGCAAAAACAGGGCUGAGGAAGACGCCAGGAGGUUCCUGAUGGAGAAGGACAAACUGGAGAAGGAGAAGGCCUCCAUCCGGGCUGAGCUGGCAACGCUGCGCAAGGAAAAGCGAGAGCUCCGAGAGGCCAUGAAGAGCAGCACAGGGAAAGACCUGAAAGAGCUGGAGCUUCGUGUGGCCACCCUGGAGGAGCAGUGCAAAGCAAACGAGGCACGGCGUGUUGACUUGGAACUCAAGCUGACAGAGGUGAAAGACCGGCUGAAGCAGUCACUGGCAGGAGGGCCAGCUCUGGGGCUGACUGUGACCACCAAAACGGAAAGCAAAGAGGCUGUAACCCAGCCAAAUUUAAACCACCCGGAUCACUUGGUGCCAGUUAAUUGUGCCGCAGAAAUGAGGAAACAAAGUCCUUCCCUGCUCCCUGCCAACAAGGGGAAUGUGUUACAGAAGGCUAAGGAAUGGGAAAUGAAGAAAACAUAAACAAGAGUCACUGGGCCUCCAUCCCUGAGGAGACCUCCUUUCCAGCACUGGGACACGUUUGGGAAAGGUUAAAGCAGUGCCAGAGCCUUUCAUCCCUCAAGGAGACUGCAAUAGGCUGCUGGGGAACUUGGUUCUUCAGCAGGGAGCACACCCACCCUCCAGUG